CCUAACGGGGGAGAGCUCCUCGAAGUAUCUCCUGUGUCCUUCUGCUACGGGAAUGACUCGUGUGUGAGGACGGUCUACCCUGUCACUGUCCGCACAGCCCUCUAUGUGGUUCUGGGGUCUGCGGUGGUCCUCACGAUGCUGGGUAACCUCUUCGUGAUCGUGGCCAUCGCUCACUUCAAACAACUCCACACACCUCCAAACUACCUGACCUUCUCCCUGGCCGUAACCGACCUCCUCCUGGGGGUUCUGGUCAUGUUCCCUGGCAUGAUUGAGUCCGUUGAGAACUGCUGGUAUUUUGGGGAGAUGUACUGCAAGCUCUACCACAGUUCAGCAGUCUUGCUGUGCACCGCAUCCAUCUUGAACCUGUCCUUUAUAUCCAUCGACCGCUAUUAUGCCGUGUGCCACCCUAUGCUCUACCCCCGUAAGAUAACGGUUCACACGGCAGUCGUCAUGAUCCUGGUCACAUGGUGUGUCUCGGCUGUGGUCGGGUUCGGGAUGUUCUUCAAGAAGCUGAAUAUAUCAGGAAUUGAGAUGCACGACAACAAUGUAGUGUGUGAAGGAAGGUGCUUUUUGUUUCAGACUUUGAUGACGAGCACCGUGUCAUCCACGUUCUCCUUCUAUCUUCCCGGGGUCAUCAUGCUGGGCAUCUACCUGAAGAUCUUCAUGGUGGCCCAGAGACAAGUGCGCACCAUAGGCCUACAGAACACAAGCGCCUUCAAGGUGGAUAAGCACCAGAGGAAAGCCACCAAAACACUGGCCUUCAUUAUGGGCGUGUUUCUGUCCUUCUGGAUGCCAUUUUUCAUCUGUAACAUCAUCGACCCCCUCAUCGGCUACUCCAUUCCACCUGCCAUGUUUGACUCACUGAAGUGGCUGGGGUUUCUGAAUUCCACCAUCAACCCGUUUGUGUAUGCCUUCUUUUACAGCUGGUUCAGGAAGGCGUUUCGAAUAAUCAUUUCCGGUAGGAUCUUUCGGUCUGACAUGUCUGACACAAAACUGUUUGCAGAGUGA